AUGUCGGUUUCGAACACUAGCGAAAAUCCGUCACUGGACAAGAAUAAUGCCGCAGUUGCGCGCGAUGCACCGCUCCCAAUUGAGAAGACCGAGAAGCGCAUUGUCCAGCUGGACGAGAUGAAUGCUGCUGACAGGGCUCUCGCGGAACAGUUUGGUUAUCAGCCGGUCUUCAAGCGCGAAUUCGGUUACUUGUCCACCUUUUCGUUCGCCUUCAGUAUCUCUGGCCUGUUUGCGACAAUUGCAACUACCUUCUCAUACCCGCUUUAUGCCGGUGGCUCCGCCUCCGCCGUCUGGUGUUGGCUCAUAUCCGGCGCCGGAUGUAUGUGCAUUGCCGCGUCUGUGGCGGAAUUGGUCUCCGCAUACCCUACCAGCGGUGGUCUGUACUUCACCGUCUCGCGUCUGGCGCCUCCGCGCUGGGUGCCGUCGAUCAGUUGGUUGACGGGCUGGAUUAACUUGCUUGGGCAAAUUGCUGGUGUCGCUUCCUCCGAAUAUGGAUCCGCGCAGAUGUUGCUUGCUGCCGUCUCUAUGGGACGCGACUUUGAGUGGGUUCCUACAACGGGUUUGACGAUCGGUGUCAUGGCCGCCUUGACUGUGCUCUGUGGUAUUCUCAAUUCGCUGCCUACUGGUUGGAUGGAGAAGAUGACCCGGUCAUAUGUUAUUUUUCAUUUGCUCGUCUUGGUGUCUUGCUGCAUUGCCUUGCUGGUCAAGACCGAGGACAAGCAUGAUGCGAAGUAUGUCUUUACGAAUGUUGAGCCGGAUUCCGGUUGGACGCCUACUGGAUUCUCGUUUUUGUUCGGUUUCUUGUCUGUUUCAUGGACCAUGACGGAUUAUGAUGCCACCGCUCACAUUGCCGAAGAAAUCCGCGACCCCGAAAUCAAAGCUCCCUGGGCCAUCUUCCUUGCUAUGGGCGCCGUCUACGUUCUUGGAUUCUUGUUUAACAUCGUUCUCUGCUUCUGCAUGGGCGAUGUAGCUUCAAUUCUUUCUUCCCCCAUGCAACAGCCCGUGGCACAAAUAUUCUACAACAGUCUCGGCAAAACGGGUGGUCUCGUCUACGCCUCUUGCGCCUUUGUCUUGUUGCAGUUCAUCUGCUUCACCGCCACCCAGGCUCUUGCCCGUACCGUUUUCGCCUUCUCCCGCGACCGUCUCUUGCCCCUUUCAAGUGUCUGGCGCAAAGUGAACUCAAAGACCGGUACCCCCUUGUACGCCGUGUGGUUCUCCGUCUUCUGGUGCAUUGCCAUCAAUUUGAUCGGUCUCGGUAGCUACGCCGCUAUCGAGGGUGUCUUCAACAUCACCGCCAUCGCUCUCGACUGGUCCUACAUCAUCCCCGUCGUGUGCAAACUCCUCUGGAACCGCUUCGAGCCUGGUCCAUGGCACAUGGGCAAAUUCUCCACUGCCGUCAACUUGUGGGCUGUGAUCUGGACCGUGUUCGUUUCUGUCAUCUUCUUUUUCCCUACCUCCCGACCUGUUACCGGUGAGACCAUGAAUUAUGCGAUUGUGUUCAUGGCGUUUAUUCUGUUGUGUGCUAUGGUGUAUUGGUUUGUGCGAGGAAAGAAGUUCUACGUUGGUCCGCUCAAGGAGACUACCAUUCAGGGGGAAAGCAAUGGCGGUAUCUGGGAAUCGGUUCCUGUUGAGACAGAGAAAUGA